AUGGAUGAAUUCACUAGAAAGUUACCAAACUAUGGCACAAGAAGUCUAAGUGAAGGAGAUAGGUCCAAUUUGAGCUCUAUAGAUGGGAGAGGACUAGAGUUAAGAAGGACUUAUUCCCAUACAGUGGAGAACAAUUUUGUUGGGUUUGAGGAUGAUCUAAGGAAAGUGGUGGCAAGUUUAUUGAAUGAAAAUAAAGGACAACCUAUAUUUCGAGCAAUUCUAAUUAGUGGGAUGGGUGGACAGGGAAAGACCAUGCUUGUAAGGAAGGUUUACAAUCUCCCAGACAUUCGACGUCAUUUCCAAGGUUUUGCAUGGGCUAGUGUGUCUCAACAAUGGAAUAAAAAGGAUAUCUUGCGGAGGAUCCUAAUUAGCCUUACCUCACUAGAGAAAAGGGAUGAGGUAAGGAGGAUGCUAGAUGAAGAGCUAGUCACAAGCCUUCAUGAUGUUCAAAAGAAGAAGAAGUGUUUGGUGGUUCUUGAUGAUGUCUGGUCUCCAAAUGUUUGGGAGAUCAUAAAACCUGCCUUUCCAAGCGGAGAGAAUGUGGAAAGUAAAAUACUACUCACAAGCCGAAAUAACGGGGUUGUAUCCAAGAUGGAUGACUGUUUCAUCCAUGAACUAAAAUUGUUGAGUGAGGAGGAGAGUUGGCAAUUGUUCAAGAAAGUCUUCUCAAAAAGUGCAAGUACAGAUCUUGAAGGGUUAUAUUUUGGAGCAUUAGCGGGAGUAGCACCACACAUGGGUUUCGACUUGCUCCAUGCCUAG